AUGGGAGUACCAGGGCCAAAGUUUGUGGAAACGGGUGGCUUUAUGGGCGUACACCACGACUACACCGUGGAGGCCACCAAAAAAUACGGCCGGGUAUAUGGCACCUACACAGUGUCCCAAAAGUCCCUAGUUGUCAAUGAGCCCGAUUUACUCCGGGACAUAAUGACCAAGGACUUUCACAUAUUUCCCGAUCGCAAGCACUUCCAUUACGGCUCGUCUAAGAUCGACAAAAGUCUGUUUUUUAUGCCCGGAGGGGACGGUUGGAAACGGCAGCGCUCUAUACUGUCGCCGGUGUUCACGUCGGGUAAACUGCGGGCAAUGAUGGCUCACAUAUCGGGCAUUUCCGACGGUUUGGUCACCAAUUUGAGUGAAUACGAGAAAAAAGGUCAAACGGUAGAUAUGCGCAAGUACAUCGGUGCGUUCGCCAUGGACGUGAUCAGCGCCUGUGCCUAUGGUAUAAACCCUCAGUCCAUCAAUAACCCCAAUCAUCCCAUUGUGAGCAACGCUAAGAAAAUACUGGGUGUCGACGCCGGGUUGCAUCAAAUCAUAUCCGUAAUGAUCCCGCGAUUGGGAAAACUCCUAAACUUAGAGCCCUUUGACAUCAAAGCCGUCGACUAUUUCGAUGGACUCACGAACCAAAUACUCAGCGAAAGGAAAGUUAGCAACAAAUACACGACAACUGAUAAA